AAAUUGCAACUGAUGAUACUCAUAAUUACGUCUCCAUUGGCUGAGUAAGAUGUGUGAUUUUCCUGAAACAUAUAUUUGUGAUUUUCAUGAUGAAAAUGCCGUGAAACGAAUGGCAUAUAGUCCACUUGGUAAGACGGGAAUCAACGUAUCUAAACUUUCAUUAGGCACUGGUGGUUUUUCCCAACUUUAUGGUGGAUUCGAUUUAGAAGAAUGCAAGAAAACAGUUCGAGGUGCUUUAAAGUCGGGCAUAAACUAUAUAGAUACAGCGCCGUGGUAUGGACAGGGCACGUCCGAAGAAACACUUGGAAAAUGUCUGGAUGGGAUACCUAGGAAAGCGUAUUACAUUGCAACAAAAAUUGGAAGAUACGAGUUAGAUCCUAAAUUGAUGUUCGAUUUUUCGCCCGAGAAAACUAGAGGCAGCUUGGAGUUGAGUUUGAAGAGGCUUGGUUUGGAUUACGUGGAUAUAAUUCAAGUGCACGACAUUGAAUUUGCUCCAUCCUUGGAGUACUUAAUUGAUAAUACAUUACCAGUAUUAGAGGAGUUCGUGAAGCAGGGAAAGGCUAGGUUUAUUGGGAUCACCGGUUAUCCGGUUAUUGAAUUAGCGAAAUUAUUCGAGAAAUCCCGGGUGAAGAUCGAUUCGGUUCUCUCGUACAGUCGCAUGUCUUUAUUCGACGAUAGUCUAGAAAAUGCAUUGGAAAUGUUUGAAGGUGUAGGUAUUGUAAAUGCUGCAUAUUUGGCUAUGGGCUUGCUAACAAAUGGAGGACCUCAGCCUUGGCAUCCCGCUGGAAGUGCCAUCAAGGAUGCAUGUUUGAAGGCUCGCAAUUACUGCAAGGAAAAUGACGUGGAAUUAGCUAAAUUGGCCAUGCAUUAUGUCUAUAGCAAGAAAAGUAUCCACACACAUUUGGUCGGUAUGAACACCGUGGAUUUGCUGAAAUCCAACUUGGACACUUUUUAUAACGGUUUGAAUGGCAAGGAGAAGAAAGUGCUGGAACAUAUAAUGCAAAACAUUUUUUUGGAUCUCAAGGAGAAACAUUGGGAAGGAGUCGAGAUUAAGAAAUAUAUUGGACAAUUACAGAUGUAAAUAUUUGUACGUUUGAACGGCGAUAUAUUCAUGUGCAAAUAAUAAAUAUGUUAUUGAAAUAUUACCGCUUCAUUAAAAUAAAUUUAUAAUUACAUUCCUGUUGUACGAUAUUUGGCAGAAAAUUAUGUUUAA